AUGUUUGUCUUUUCGUUGCAGAAGCGGCACCAGGACAACUCGACGCUGUGCGAGCUGGCCGCGAGGCUGCUCGAGUGUUUUUCGGUGGAAAUGCCGAUCCCUCCGCCGAUCGUGAGUCAAAGUCCGCACCGACCUCUUUUCUCGCCUACGACAACGAUAUCCAAGCUGUACCAGGAAGCGCCUUCUCCGUACUGCCCCUCGAUGAAGCUACCGCUGACGCGCCCUCCGACUUCUCCAGUGGAACAGACCAGACGGGCAAAGAUUUUCAGUAUGCCAAAGCUCGCCGCUGUCGAAGGCCCGCGGCAGUACCGAUGCAACACGCCUAACGCGCCUCCUACUCGGCUUGAGAGAAGUAUCGACGUGGAGGCCAACAGAACUCUUGAUCCGCUGUUUGGGUCACCGCCUCAAAGCCCGAGCGGUACUAGUCCAAGCAAGCGACUCGUUGUGUCUGAAAAAUACUCGUGGAAUCCUGAGUGCAUCAACUCUGUGAGCGGAUUCGAGUGGUGGUGGCGUUCGUUACCGCAGAACCAUGCGAGUCUUGAACCGACUCAAAAACUGAAGAUGGUCACGAAAGCUGCCGUGCGCCUGCACUCAAAAGGAGAACUGCAGCGGGCUAUCGAGUUGUACCUGCUCGCGUUGACAUCGGCGACCAAUGACGAAGUGAACUUCAGACUGCGAAUCAACCUUGCCUGCGCGUACGAAGCAGCCGAAGACCUGCCGUCCAGUGUUGACGAAUUUCGACUCGCGUUGGAGCUCAACCCGAACGAUCCUUACGCGAUUUACAAACUCGGAAGCGUGCUUACUGCG